AUGAUCCAACUUGUUGAGGACGAUCUGGAGGAUGCUCUGCAUACCCAGCUCAAGGAUAUGCUCACUGCGUUUCUGAGGAAGAUGCGGAUAGACGCGCCCAAUUUCGACGCCCAGAACGAGUUCAACGCAUUCCUGGACGAAUCCGUCAGGUUUUGUAACAGCAACAGUGCCGAGGCGAAAGCCGUGAAAGCCAGCAUUCUCGAAGGAAUGCGAUGUUCGACCGAAAAGGAUCGCUAUCCCCACCUGACAUACGCUCUCAACAGCAUCUUGAAGCAUGGCCGAGGGAAGACUAUUGGAAGUUUCCAGCACAGCCUGGAUAAAGACGAAUCCCUUAUGGUCGUGAAUGAUCCCGCCAUCGUGCAAUGCGGCGACACCGUCCUAUCUGCCAGUGAAUGCACCCAUGAUUGUUACUUGAAGCGAAACCCCGCCCUGCUUCGCAUGCCGAUACAAGCGCUGGGACGCCUUGUGGGCAGGAACGAACCUUUCGACGUCUUGUUGACGCGUCUUGCCACCUCCAAGAGCAGAUUGGAGGAAAAGAACGCAAAUUGGACGGACAUCAUCGACUGUUGGGAGAUCAGGAAGGGCACAGACCUCAUUCCCGAGCACAGCUUUAAGCGCCUGACAGACGAGGAAUACAAAUUCACAGUUGAAUGUGCCGAUGAACGACCUUUCGACAAGGCGAGCGUUCCCAUUCCCGCGACUACUAAUACCUCGAGCACACGUCCCUCGGCCCCACCGCCUUCUUCCACUGGGACAAGUUCUCCUAGCCAAACUUCAGUCAACCUAUCCUCUGGAAUCCUCAAACGACCGCGGGCAGCGGAGGACUCACAGUCCGAUAAUGCCCACACCGCUCACAAGAGACCCAAAACAGAACCAGAAUCUGACCCAGAACCAAACCCUCUCCACCUCCGUCUAAGCCCGGAAACCCAGGUUGGCGUCUACGCGCUCGAGCUCAUGCGAACAAGGUGGAACCGCACGCACGCUAUCGUCAUCCUUCUGGAAGGCAAUAAACUAUCCCUCCACUGGUACGACCCACAGGGAUGCAUCAGAACCCACCCUAUCGACAUCGUUAGCCAGCUUCCUCUCCUUGUCGCCAUGAUGCUCAUCUUCCAGCGCUUCGACGAUCGGAUGCGUGGCAACGGCAAGUUCCAGUUGAACAUCGAAGUCGACGGGGAGACAGUCCCACACAGCCUCGACGACUCGGAGAUCCACAAUCGCUGGAUGUUCAAAGGCCGCCGUUCGGUCAGUGGGAAGCUGUUCCCGCACGGAAAGAUACCACCACCGAAGUCAGAAUCACGCAGCUCUCGGACGACCCGCAGCAAUGCCAACCCCACGGCCAACGAUGUACCCUCGAAUGAGGAGGGGGAACUGUUUGGCAAAUUCUUGUGGCGUGAAGAGGCCCGGCACACUGAAGGAGUCAUCAUUGAGACUGCCCUGAAGAGGGCCGAACGACACCUCGGCGAACACAAGAAACAUGUCAUCGACCACCUCCCUUGCGUAAAAACCUGCACCGAAUUUUCCGACUUUUCGACCAAGCACAUCCGAAAUUUCCUGAACCUACCUUCCCAAGGUGCUCGGGUGCCAACUGGAAUAGCUGCUGAAUGGUUGCUUCCAAGUGCCGAACUCACAGACCCGGAGGAGUACGUUCGUGCUAUCUGGCAGCUCAUUCGAUGCAAUUUCCUACUGUGGCAACUCGGGAUCGCGCACGGCGAUAUCAGCAUGACGAACCUCAUGCUUCGCCCGGGCAGUGGUAGCGUUCAGGCUGUUCUAAAUGACUUCGACUUGGCGGCGAUCAUGACCCCAGGAAAUACUUCCCCCGAGAGGAAAGGUUUCGAGCGGACGGGAACCAUACCCUUUAUGGCGGUCGAGCUAUUGGGCGCCGCGGAUGGAGACGUCGGACGCAUUUGGUGCCACGAUUUCGAAUCCUUCCUCUGGUGCAUGGUGUGGUACUGUUCACCCAAAGUGCAGAGUGCCUGGAAGACAGGAACUUGUUCCGAAAUUGGCCAAAAGAAGACGUUCUGGCUCGCCCUUGAGCCUUACACAAGUAGAAGUACAGACACCACCGUUGCCGAAGCAGCCAAGCCUGUUUGGACGUCGCUGAGGAAACUCUUUCGCGGUUGGGACUACAGCUUCUUCACUUUUGGUCAGGAGAACACUGGGUGGGAGGAGCAACUCGCGUUCCUGCAUAGAUUGGUCGAGCACAUGUCAGAGUACGAUUCAUGCGAGGAUCGGAGCUGGUUGGAGUUUCGGGGAAAGCCGUCCAUGCAGUGCGUGUGUAGUCCUCCUUCCUCUGUUGUUCCCUGUUCGACCUGUACUUGA